GUCAUUGCGCAAUCGCAAAAGGAAGUUAAAGUGAAUUUAUUUGUUUACUUUUUAUUUUUAAUUUGAUAGAUGUGAAGUUUAGAAUACUAGUAAAAAAUGGGUCUUUUUGGGAAAGAGAAAAAAGAAAACCCAAAGGAAAUGGUGAAUCAAUGGACCCACAAUUUGAGAAAGGAAGGGUACAACAUAGACAGACAGAUUAGAGGUAUUCAAAGAGAAGAAGAAAAAGUCAAAAGGUCUUUGAAGGAAUCAGCUAAAAAAGGAGAGAAAGAAUCAUGUAAAAUCCUUGCUAAAGAAAUCGUCAGGUCACGGAAAGCUGUCAACAGGCUUUACACAUCCAAGGCCCACAUGAACUCAGUUCAAAUGCAGAUGAAAAAUCAGCUAGCCACCUUAAGGAUAGCAGGUGCCCUGGAGAAGAGCACAGAGGUGAUGAAGUCCAUGCAGGCUUUGAUUAAAAUCCCAGAAAUCCAGGCCACCAUGAGAGAAAUGUCUAAAGAAAUGAUGAAGGCGGGUAUUCUGGAGGAAAUGUUAGAGGAUACAAUGGAGACCCUGGAUGAUGAUGAUGAAUUGGAAGAAGAAGCCGACUCAGAGGUCGAAAAAGUCCUCUACGAACUCACAGCAGGAGAGCUUGGGAAAGCCCCGGCAGCUGUUGCCGAUACACUUCCUGUGCAUGAGCCAGAGGGCGCCACUGCUCUGUCCGAGGAUGAAGACGAAGAUCUCACAAGUCGACUGGAGGCACUACGCAGCUGAUGUCAGAAUCAAAGAUUAUUUAAUUCUUUUUAUAUUGAUAAUAUAAUUGAAAAUGCAUGUAAAUGUGAUUUUGAAUAGACUUUUACUCUGUGUUAGAAUGAAAAUGGUUGGAAGUUUAUUCAAACUGCCAAACACAUGUAAAUCAUUGUACAAAAUGAUACACAUUUGUGAAGCUGCAUUUGAUAUUUAAGGAUUUGUGAUAAAGAAGAUAUGAAUUAGAGACAAUUUGUAGGGAAUGCCAAAUCAUUUGGAAAUAUUUGUUGUAUUUAUAUUUCUGUAUUUUAGGUGACUAAGUUUGAAAUUUUGUCUUUCAGGGAAAUACAAAAACUUAGAAAAAUUUAGAAUCUUAAAGACACAACUGCAAGUGUCAACAAAAGUCACUUUAUAGAGUUGACUUGCUUAGUUUUAUGAUACUGUCUGCAAUUGAGCAAACUGGUGGCAUUUUUAUGUACAGUGAAUCUUUUAAUUCAGUGAAUUAGUGGAGGGAUGGGGGUCAAAGUUCAUUGGCAAUCAAAAUUUUACUGGUUUCUUGGGGUCUCAUUUAAAGGCAGAGAUUUUUAGCACCGCCUUCAAAAAUACC